AUGAUGCAUCACCGUCGCCUGCCGUCUCACCACCGCAACCACCAGAGCUCCCUGCGCCGCCGCCUCGCCAAAAACCCCGAACUCGCCCACAAACUACACCAGAUGGCACUGCCCCUAUCUCCUCUUGUCCAGCUCACCACCGGCGCUGUACACCCUCACUUCCCGCGCACCGUGCUGCAGUUCUGGCUCCUCACCGACGCUCAACUCGAGUCCCUCGCUCAGUUCUACCACCAGCGUACUCCUUCUCCUUGGUCUCGACAGUAUCCCUGCCCUAUCAACUGGCGGUCCGAGGCACCGCUUGAAGAGAAGCGCCGCAAGAUGGGCAGAUUCAUCGGCCUGAGAGGCUGCGAGAGCCCGACUGUUGUCCUCAAGACGGAGGAGCAGAUUGCGAGAGACGCCAGCAGGAAUGCGGCCGAUGAGGAUGUUUUGAGACGAAAGAUGAAUCCCUUUUCCCAGCAGUGA